ACUGCCUGUCCAGGCGCCGCCGCUUCGCCGCUGCCCGUUUCUUCGAACCACUCCGAAGCUGCCCCGCCAUGGACAGCUCCGCCACUGACGGCGCGAGGCUACCGCCGCCAAGGGCCGGGAGUCGCCUCUGCGUCAGGUGCGGCGAGAGGAAGGCCGCGCUGAAGCGGCCCAAAACCCUAGAACAGAUCUGUAGGGAAUGCUUCUAUAUCAUCUUUGAGGACGAAAUUCAUCAAACUAUUGUCCAGAAUUCUCUGUUUAAAGCUGGUGAGCGUGUGGCAAUCGGAGCUUCUGGUGGAAAAGAUUCAACCGUGCUUGCAUAUGUGUUAUCGGAGUUAAACCGUCAGCACAACUAUGGUCUUGAUUUGUUCCUUUUAUCUGUCGAUGAAGGAAUCACAGGAUAUAGAGAUGACUCACUAGAAACUGUUAAAAGGAAUGAAAUACAGUACGGCCUGCCACUGAAGAUUGUUUCCUAUAAAGAUUUGUAUGGCUGGACAAUGGAUGAUAUUGUCAAAGCAAUUGGUCUAAAAAACAAUUGUACUUUCUGUGGAGUUUUUCGACGUCAGGCACUAGAUCGAGGUGCUGCUCUCCUGAAAGCUGAUAAGAUUGUAACUGGGCAUAAUGCAGAUGACAUUGCAGAAACCGUCUUGCUGAACAUUCUGCGUGGUGAUAUUGCAAGGUUAAGUAGAUGUACCUUUAUAACUACUGGUGAAGAUGGGCCAAUACCAAGAUGCAAGCCCUUCAAGUAUACCUAUGAGAAGGAGAUCGUUAUGUAUGCAUACUUCAAAAAGCUGGAUUACUUUUCCACAGAAUGCAUCUAUUCACCAAAUGCAUACCGUGGUUUUGCUCGUGAAUUUAUUAAAGAUUUAGAAAGAAUGAGGCCUAGAGCUAUACUAGACAUCAUAAAAUCCGGUGAAAAUUUCAGAAUCUCCACAACAACAAGGAUGCCAGAGCAAGGAACGUGUGAACGAUGUGGCUACAUUUCUAGUCAGAAAUUAUGCAAAGCAUGCGUCUUGCUGGAUGGAUUGAAUCGAGGCUUGCCGAAACUAGGCAUUGGAAGUACCAAAGCAGGUGCUAGAGCUGACAGUGAUGGUAAGCAACGCACCAAACGUUCAGAGAGGAAUACAUCGAGUCUACAAGGGAAACAUGGGAACUUCGAUUUCUAGAUCUCUACUGCUAUUUUUCUCCAAAAAUUGUAAUAAAUUUUGAUAGUCAUUGGUCAUUUAGUGGAUUUUCUUCUAAGCCACUGUUGUUUAUCUGACUUCAUUCUGCAGUCGUGAACCAAAAGAAAUUAUGUGGCCAC